GUGCGAGCUCCUACCUAUUUCCAGAAAUGCCGCGAUCAACAAUGGCAUAUUGCUCAACUAGAAGCGAAUCAGGGUCACUAUUUCUCCCAACUGGCUGAACUGAAGGACCAAUUGGCGACGGAGUUGACUCGCCGUAAUGGUCUCAUCCCCUAUCCGAUUCGCAGUUCGACCCACGAUAAAUCGGUUGCUGAAUCCGCCUCUACCGCAAACCGAACAGUCACUCCGUCUCCCACUGCGUUGGGUGCCACCGGGAACGCGCCGAGUUCUCAGUCAAUGCAUCAGCCAGGUGGGGAUGCGAGCGAGAACAUGCAUGAAGCCGAUCCCCGUGCACACACCCCGAUUGUCUCCCACGGGACGACCGAACGACAUCGAGAAAACGUGGCUGGGCCUAGUCACCAGUAUCCUCACUGUACACCGCGUCAGCAGUCUGAACCAACCCCUGUUGUUGUCAGUUCAUGGUCCGAGCACGGGGACGGUCAAACCCAGGGUGCCAUCGGGAGAGCUUAUUCGGAUGCGAUGAUGCAACAUUGUGUUGUGGAUGAGACCGUUCCGGAUAGUGGUCACCGGAUGUUACUUCGAAGUUCAUCUAUCCCGAGUGGUCGUGGUCCGUUGGGAGACGAGUCAGGAACGGAUAACGAAGCUGAUCUCAAUCUUUUGUGCCGGCGAUCGACAGAUUACCCGGGUGAAUCACUGUCCGAGCCACUGUUGCUCAAUCUGCUCUGUUCCAUGCCUCAUCGGACCCCACGUUCUGUAUUAUCCAGUGUCGAACUCAGCCCGCUCACUCGAUCCUAUCAAAGUGAUCCGGAUUCCGGUCGGGAUUUGAUAAGUCUAGUUCGAGCAAGACUUGGUGGUUACGGUGACCGAUCGGGUCGAAGGUAUCAUCGUUCGCCAUCUGUCGGGCAGACCUCUACCCAUUCGCCAGAUUUGAGAGGCCGAGAGGGAGACGAAGACGAAGAGGAACUGGAGGAAGAAGAUGAUGAAAUAGAGGACGGCGAGGUACGUUCUGUACAUCGAUCUAGUGAACGCGAAUCACGUCAAUCCAGACCCGGUCUGGCAUCGGCAGAUGUAACCGGUGAUGAAGAUGACGAGGUGGGAGAAGAAGAGGGUGAAGAUGCGGACGAUGCGGAUGAUGAUGACGACGAUGAAAAUGAGGGAGAUGAUGUUGCGGCAGAUACUGAUUCGAUUCUGUUAGGGGUGGAUCGCCAAAAUGGGCAGGGCUCAGCAGCUCGUCGCGAUGAAGAACCGUNAAGUGAUGAAGAUUUGGCUCGUUUAACUCAUGAGGACACAGAUUACUGUGAUCUAGUCGACCAGCGCCGUUACGAUCUCUCAUCCUCGCGGUCAGAGAAUCUCUCGGAACACGGUCACGGACGACGUUCUGUAUCUGUUAAUCUGGUUCGUCUGUCCAGCAUUGUCGAAAAAAGUGCAGAAGGUGGCAGCUCUUCUAGUGCAAGACAAAAGAAUGACCACGAUAAUGUUUCCAAAAGCAAUGUGAGUGGUAGCUGUGCAACCAAUCGCAUGGAUUUGGAUGCCGUAGGUCGGGGUGAAUCUUUGAGCUUGUUAGAGGAUCUGUUAAGUUUACCCACCCCACGCGCCCGUCCAUUGGGACAUGCCCGGAUCCAGGUUGAUCAUUUGCUUCGUCGACGUGAUAAAACUCGUGAUCGAAUUCCUUCCCGAUUCAAAUGGAAUCAUCGAAUCACUACUCGACUCACUUCUCCACGCGUCCAACCGAACAGUCCAGCCAGUCCGUCUCGAAUACCUCAUGGAAAUAGCACAGUCGACCCCCAGCAGUCAGAUUCCGUGCACACAGGUGUUUCCCCAAAUCGUCCGACCCUGACAGAGGAGGAUAGUUCCCGUGACGGAAAUGAUGCCAUUAAUUCUGUCCACGGGGAUCAAUCAAAUGAUGAUUACGAGGCUUUGUGUCGUUUGCAAGAUGCUCUUCGCACCAGUCCCAGUUCUUGUCGUAUGUUUCGCGGUACUAGUUGGUCGUGGCAAGGCUCCAAUUCCGGAUACCCUGGAUCCAAAUUACCGACGAAAUCCUCGAAGGGACUGUCAGCCGAACCUGUGCGUAGUGAUCCCCGUCUGACAUCCAGCUCAUCAUCACACACCGGUGCAACUCGUCCCGCUUGGGACCCGCGAGUAGAUGAUGCGGUCGGUCAGACUGUAUCGCAUCGGGCACAACCUGAACGAGCCACACGCUCACCUGAUUCGUGGAACGUGGACGGACCACUAAGUGAUCCGUUGACUGCACACGGGACCACCCAGGGUUCUGUUUUGGGUGACGGUGAGGAGGCUAACAUGUCCUAUGCGAAUCGCAUGUUCUUCCGACGUCUCAGGCGUUUAUCGUCUGAAUCUGUUUUGGCCAAACAAACAACGUUCGCAAAUUUGGAAAAUGAUGUGGACGAAGAAACUAUGACCGGUGAUCGUGAUGUUAGUGAACAUGCGGACACACUUCAGUCGCUUACGGAAUCCUCCGAGCACGAAUCUCUUCUGGCCUCGUUAUUCAGUACCGGACCACUGAGUCAGAUUAAACCUAACUCAACAACAGGCUCAGUCGCUCCAUCCGCACCCACAACAACUGCACCGUGGUCCGUAACUAAACCCAAAUUCGCGAAUAGCUCACCCCGGAUGGCUAUGAGCAACAUGGCUGCUGCCAGUUCCAGCACCAAUUCCACUGCACUCCCAAUCACCGCCGCACGACUUUCGGCAUUCACUGUACAUCCGGGGCUCGGUCGGAAACCGUUGCCAGCCGGUUCUCAUUCCGCACGUAAUAAACUUCGUACGGGCCCGAUGGUGGAUAAUCGCCGUGCCGGUGCACUAACUAACAGUUCAUCGGAAACUCAAUUCGCCUCGGGGUUGCCAACAANUUCUGAAUCCGCCCAUGGAGAGGCUGGAGGCACUCGAACUAACCAUAUGUCUACCUCGUUAUUGGAAGAGGAAUUCUCCAGGACAAACCCACUGAAAUCGAACUCUCUAAAAGACAACGCUCAAGGAACUACUCCAUCCGCUGAAUCACCGAACAGGUUGAACCAUCCAUUCCCGGAUACAGUCCCAUCGGGUACAGAAAUCCCACCGACGUUAUCCGAGGUAAAUGCACAACUGAUCACUAGUGCUCAUCAAUGCUCCAACGAAGCGGACGUGAGUUUGGCUAUGCUCUGUCAUCGUAUCAGUCGCUUACAAAACGAGGCGGAGGCCGUAGCCAGGGCAAUCACUUCCGCUAAUCCCCAAGGUGGACUGGGUGAUAUGCCUGAAUUGGCCAUAGCUCCAGACAACUCGACAGCAACACAAGUCAGUUCCACACCAGGUGCUGUACCCACGGGCACUGUGAUCAAGGAAGCUACCAAAGGCUUGGAUGGCGCGGAUUAG